AUGUUUUUGAUCGGGUCGGAUCAUUUACCUCUUGAAACAACAAAUGAAACAAAUUCUUCAUCAAAAGAACCUAUUACUACUUUUGAAGAUCUUUCAAAUGAACUUUUUUACGAAAUAUUCGAUUGUCUCAUUGAUUAUCAUGCGUUUGAAGCUUUUUAUCAUCUCAAUAAUCGAUUUCAAAAUCUUUUUCUUCAUUCAAAUCUUCCAACUAAAAUCAAUAUUUCUGAAAUAUCAAUAUCAAAACUUGAAUAUUAUUCAACACAUAUUAUUGAACCUUGUACCCAUCGAAUCAAAUCAUUUCGACUAUCAAAUCCAUGUAUUGAUCCAUGUUUGUUAUUAUUUCCAAUAACAAAAUAUUUAACUCAACUUACAACACUUAUUUUAAAUAAGAUUGAAGCUAAUCAUAUAGAGCCAAUUGUUAAUCGCUUAUCUUAUUUACCUGUUCUAUCUUCAUUGACUAUAAUAUCAAUUAAUAAGCUUGUCGAUAAAAAUAAUAUUUAUUAUAAACUAUUUCGUUUAUCUAAAUUAAAAUAUUGUCAAAUAUCAAUUGAAUCAUUACAAUGUUCAGAAUCAUUACUUGAAGCAACAGAUGAAUUUAGUUCUAUUGAAUAUCUUGUUAUUAAUAAUGAGAUUUCGAUUGAUCAACUUGUUAUUAUAUUAUCCUAUGUUCCACAACUACGUCGUUUAUCCAUAGGUGAUCUAAUAAAAUCUAAAUAUUAUCGAAUAGACAAAGAUACAAUAAAUUUAAAUUAUUUAACAAAUGUUUGUCUUAAAUUAAAUCGUGUUUUUUUUGAUGAAUUUGAAGUUUUAAUGAUUAAUUAUUUUCGUCAAGCUCAAGUUUUAAGUAUUGAAACACAAUUAUAUGGAUUUGGUCCUGAUGUUAAUGAAUAUAUCAAUGCUGAUCGAUGGGAACGAUUAAUUUCAAAUCAUUUAUUAAACUUACGUACUUUUGAUUUAAAAUAUUCAUCUCGUGGAUUAGAUCCUUAUAAUAAACAUACAGAAUUUGAAACACUUAUCGAUAAAUUUAAUUCAAAAUUUUGGAUAGAACAUCAAUGGUUCUUUAAUUGGCAUUAUCAUAAAAGUUCGUUUUACGAUGCUACUAUGUUUUAUUCAAGAAAUCCAUAUAGAAGAAAAGAUAACAUAUUGUAUGAUCAACUAGGUGAAAACCUCUGGUCAAAUUGUUGGGGUAUAAAUGAAGAUCCAAUUGAUCAUAUUUGUAUUCAUAGUACAGAUAUGAUAGAACAAUCUAAAGAUAAAUUUCCAAAUGCAACUAAACUUACAUUUUGUGAAUAUUUCGAAUUACCACGUGAUUUUAUUGUAGGUGAUUUAAAUGACAUUUUUCCAUUGAAAAAAAUUACUAAAUUAUCCAUUCAAUGUUCUCGUUUUUCUUUCGAAAAAUUAAUUGAACUUUUACAAUUUACAUCAAAUGUUCAUACAUUGGAAUUUGAUUCAAUAAUAUGUCAUCGAAAUCAUUUCAAUUUAAUUCAACAAAAUUCAAUAACUCAGUUGGUCUCUAAAACAAAUAUGAUAACAAAAGUAACAAUUAAAAAAAAUAUCACAUUAGAAAAAAUUCAGUUAUUAACUGGUGUUUUUCCUCGAAUGGAAAAUCUUACUAUUAACUUAUUAAGACAAGAUUUAGAACCUAUAGCUCAAUUUUUAUUGUCAAAGCCUAAUAAUAAUACUCGCUUUUUAUCUUCAUUAUGUAUUUCAAAACAACUUAAUGAUCUGAUGAUAAUAAUGAAAAAUUUGAUUGAAUCAAAAAAACUUCUUCAUGAUUAUAUUCUAAAAGUUAUUAAUCGAAAAUUGUAUUUAUGGUGGUAA